ACACUAAGAUACACACCUGAAAAUACUUACUUACAACACUGAACACCAAUCAGCCAGCUACAAAAAGGCCUCAGUUAAGCCAUUUUGAGAACUUUGCAAGCAUGGAUGCAGGGAGAGCAAGAGGCAGAGGUAGAGGAAGAGGAAGAGGAGGACGUGGUCGAAGAGGCCAUGCACGGACCAUUAUUUCCGAUGACAUAAGAGCAACUUUGGUGGACCAUGUCAUAAACCAUGGCCUGACUAUGAGGGAAGCUGGGCAGAGAGUCCACCCUAAUCUAAGCCGUUGCACAGUUUCAUCCAUAAUAAGGACAUUCCGACUGGAAAACAGAAUGACUACAAGACCUUCUGGGGGUGGACGCCAAUGCCUGUUCACCCAACAGCAGGAACUUGCCAUUGUGGACCUAGUCAGAGCAAACAAUGCAAUCCGUCUCCAGCAGCUACGGCAACAAAUACUUGCAGAUAGGCAAGUGUUCAACAACAUAAACCGAGUAAGCAUUACCACUAUAAGACGCAUCUUGGUAAAGCACAAAAUGACCAUGAAGCAACUGUACAGGGUCCCAUUUGAGAGGAACAGUGUCAGGGUCAAAGGACUUCGACGUGAAUAUGUACAGAGAAUCUUGGCCAUGGAUGGAGCUGCACAGCCUCAUGAAUUUAUUUACAUUGAUGAGGCUGGAUUCAACCUUAGCAAAACAAGACGACGGGGUCGUAAUAUAAUUGGCCAAAGGGCAAUUGUGCACGGCCCGGGGCAGCACGGGGGAAAUAUCUCAUUGUGUGCCGCCAUAGGCCUUCGAGGGCUUCUGUACCAUCAUGCAAAAUUAGGUCCAUACAAUACACAACAUAUCAUCACAUUUCUAGAUGCUCUUCAUAAUAUAGCUGUACAGGACAGACCAGAGCAGCCCAGAUUUAGGAACAGUGAAUUCACCAAUUCAUCAGCUGGCAUAACAAAUGAAAAAUAG